CGUCACUACCAUCAUUCUUCAUCACAAUAAUAUGGUCUUCUAUAACACAUAUCCUGGUUUUCUUUAUCGCCAGUUUCUGGUCUGCCCCAGCAAGGCACCUUCUUCUACAUCCCUUCGCGGCAUGGCUGGGCUGGUCACAGGCUCCAACACUGGGCUAGGCUAUCAGGCUUGUGUACAGCUACUGGGGCUUGGCUUAUCCCAUCUAAUUUUGGCCGUCCGUAGUACUUCCAAGGGCGAAGCUGCCCGUCAAUCCCUUCUCACAUUGCUGCCUGCUUCUGCCGAACCUCCCCUGAUUGAAGUUUGGGAGUUGGAUCUAGGAAGCUAUGCCAGUGUGACUGCUUUUGUCGAGCGCCUUAAGCAGUCAGGGAUUCCAAUCGAUUUUGCACUUCUCAACGCCGGAGUAGCAAAUUUUCAUUAUACACUGAACGACUCCACCUCCCACGAGAGCAGUAUCCAGAUCAACUGGUUGAGCACUGCGCUCCUGACGCUGCUGCUGCUACCAGUGCUUGAUGUCCAGAUCACCCAAGCUGUGAACCGACCGCGCCCGGUAAUCUCUAUUGUUGGCAGCGAAACCGCCGCGUGGGCCAAGUUCAAGGAAGCACAGAUCGCCGAGAAAGAGCAAGUUCCACUGAUCCAGGCGUUGGACAACCCAAAGCACUUUGACAUGGGCGAUCGAUACUAUACAUCAAAACUGCUCUACCAGCUUUUCUUUCUCGAGCUGUUUCAACAUCGACCCAGCGACAAAUGCGCAACGGGAACCAUCCUCAACCUGGUAAAUCCCGGCUUCUGCUAUGGCUCAGAGCUGCACCGCACGGCCGAGGGCGCAUUUGGCAAGGUCUUAACGGGGAUGAAGAGAGUGAUCGGUCGAUCUGUAUCAAUGGGGGCACGAACUUUAGUUCACUCUGUAGUGCUUGCUGGAGAGUCAUCUAAUGGCUGUUAUCUGAGCGAUAACAAGCUUUCGCCCUUUGCGGGAUAUGGUGGCAGUGAGUCUGGGAAAGUCACACAGAUUCGGGUGUGGAAUGAAACGAUUUCGGAGAUGCGGCAAGUGAUAGACGUGGAUGACCUGUUAUCUAAGAUUUGAUAGUCUAUCUCCCCA